AUGGAGGCUUUCAACUGGACUCUUUGGGAAGUUUGGUUCAACCACUCUUUGACAGCCAACCUGACUGUACCGGUAUAUGAUACCAAUUCUACCAAUCUGACGGCUAUUAAUAUUACCAACGAUACCAUCGUAGACUACGAUGAUGAUGAUGGCUUUUCUGGUGACAGCGUGAUGGACGAGUCGCUGACAUCAGACGACAACGUUACCACUACGACGAGUGUGUACGAAGAAGAUAUUGUUUUACUGAGGGAUACCUUUGCUCUCUACGGGAGUCUCUUCCUGGCUGGCUUUUUCUUUUUCUGCUGGGCACGGCUCAAGUACCCAGAUGUCUACUUGGUCCGUCGUCCCAACGAACAGCAGAAUCAAAACGCACAAGAAGAAUACCAACACUAUCACCAGCGCCCUCGUGUAGAUCCCAGCGUCUACACGCCGUUGGCAUCCAACUCGUAUGGGUUCCUGAGUUGGACGUGGAAACUCUUUGCCAUUCCUGAUGACAUUUUGAUGCAAGAAUGCGGUCUGGAUGCUCUUUGCUAUCUGCGGCUUUGUUCCAUGGGAUAUCGAUUGUCACUGACGGGAAUGUUCACCGCCCUUUGGCUCAUGCCCGUCUACAUUACCGCCUCUUCCACGGAUGCAUCCAACUUUGACAAUCUCGCCGAAGUCACCACGGGACACAUUGUCGAUGCAUCACCUCGAUUGAUUGCCACGGCUGUUGCCACCUAUUUUGUGUUUGGACAUGCCAUGUAUGUCAUUCUCAAAGACUUGGAAUGGUUUGCACAAACCCGGCAUGCCUUUCUCAUGGCAUCGCAACAAGCCCGCAACUAUGCCAUUUUCAUUCGCAAUAUACCACCGGGGUGGAGGAGCAAUCGGGGAUUGCGCAAUUUCUUUGAAAAGUCACUCCAGGGAGCCAAUGUGGUGGAAACACACAUUUGUAUGGGGACACGAAACUUGAAAGAAAAGGUGGAAAAGCGGGAGUGUAUUAUGGAGAAACUGGAACAUGCCGUGGCCAAACUGGACGAGACGGGGAAACGACCCAAACAUCACGAACAGCAAGCCUUGUUGCCCUCGGGUGUUGUUCCCAAGGUUCCCGAAAUUGCCUUGCCGAUUGGACAACAAGUCGAUUCCAUCAAUUACUAUGCCAAUACACUCCGAAAAUUGAACCAAGACAUUGCCAAACAGAUUGAUAUCCUUCAAGAAAUUGCCAAGGAACAACCAGAUGAUGUCAUGUUUGACGACGACGAUAAUGAUGAUGACGACAAUGCAGAAGAAGAGGGCAUCAACAACAACGAGAUUAUGGAACGGGAACAACCAGCAAGAACAGGCGACAAAUCCGACAACUUGUUUCGAGUAUUAACGCACAAAACGGGGGGUGCCGUCAAGCAAGUGGUCAACGAACAACUCCAAUUCACAGGAGAAGCAGCAGGCCUGGUCACCAGAACAGCCACGGAUGCAUUCAAGCUGGUCCUUCCGGAUCAAGACGGGCAUAUCUACAGUGCCGGUUUUGUGGUGUUCCAAACUCUGUCGACAACUCACGCGGCACGGCAGAUGCUGCACGAUGAAAAACCAUACCAGAUGGAAGUCAUGGAAGCACCCGAUCCCGAUGAUAUCUUUUGGUUCAACGUUGGACGUGAACACAAGGACCUUCAGGUUGGCCUACUGAUAUCAGUCGCCACAGCUGCAACAAUCUGCUUCUUCUGGACCAUUCCUGUUUCGUUUGUCGCCAGUCUCUCGUCAGUGGAUUCGCUCCGGCAGGAAGUCGAUUUCAUUGAUGAUUUACUUACAUCAGCGCCGUGGAUGGAAGGCGUCUUUGCCGUCCUGGCUCCUCAAUUGUUGGUCAUUCUCAACACACUGCUGCCCGUCAUACUGGAGUUUGCCACCAACUUUGAAGGAUCCAUAUCGGGGUCGAUCGUUCAAUCUUCCUUGUUCACAAAACUAGCUUCCUUUACAAUCAUCCAGACGUUCUUUGUCAGCGCCAUUUCAGGAAGCAUCUAUGAGGAAAUUCAAAAGUUCGUGCAGACACCGGGGACCAUUGUCGAGUUGCUAGCCACCAGCCUUCCGACUCAAUCUACAUUCUUCAUCCAAAUGAGCUUUGUCAGCACGUUCUCAACAUGGUUUUCAGAAGGCUUGGGGGUUGCACGCAUUGGCAAGGGUAUCUUGAGGUCUUGGGUGGGGCCGCAGCUGACAGAUCGGGAGCGACAAAAGCAUUUGUGGGGCCUCCGCCCUCUUUCGGACCCAGAAGACUUUCCGUAUGCCGACAAUAUGGCUGCCUUGGUCCUGUUGUACAUGAUCUACUUUGUUUACUGCGUUAUCGCGCCACUCGUGAGCUUCGUUGUGGCGUGCAGUUUUCUGAUUCUCGAGACUCUGUUUCGACAUCAAUUCGUUUAUGUCUACCCCAAACGAGCAGACUCGGGAGGGAGGUUGUGGAUGAACUUUAUCAAAUGCCUGACGGCGUGUAUCCUGAUUGCAGAAAUCACGAUAUUCGGUCUCAUGGCAUUGAAAAAGUCAGCGAUGCCUACCUUGAUGAUUCCACUAUUGGUAGUGACAUCGAUGUUUUCCAUUUACAUUCGCAAUCAGCACUUUCGAGUUGCAGAACACUUGCCAACGCGGCUCUGCUUGAGUCAAGACUAUAGGAAUCGAGAUCUGGACAUGGGGUUUGUCAAGGAUUGCUAUCUACAACAAGAAAUGACCGAGAAACAAGCCAUACCAAACCUGCCCCCGCAGCGUUUGAGGGAACUGCAUUUGGGGAAUUUGGACGAAGAAGACGGCGAAGAGGAGACGAUGACGCUGGACGAAAGAGCUUCAUUCGAAGAAGGUGUUCACUCGUUCACUACGAUUAAUGCCAACGGCGUUACUUGUCGUAUUACAAAGCUCGAGGUUCCAGAUGGUAUAUUCUGGGAGGGAGAAGAAGAAGAAGAAGAAGGGGAAGAUGUACUCGAGGCAAAUGCCUGA